AGUAAAGGAGAAACUAAACUAAGAUCAAAAAAAAAAAAAAAAAUGGAGAUCUUGAUGUCUUUGUCCUUGUUGCUUACCCUCUUGAUCUCCAUUGUUUUUGUAAAGAAGAAGAUGAGCCCUAGUUCGAAUCUUCCUCCGGGACCUCGGGGUCUUCCGAUCAUCGGAAUCUUGCACCAAUUCACAGGAGCGCCUCACAGGUGGUUCUAUGGGCUGUCACUCAAACACGGACCCGUGAUGACUCUUCCUCUAGGGUUUACGUCAGCUGUUGCGAUCUGCUCAAGGGAUGCAGCUGAAGAAGUUCUCAAAACCAAAGAUCUUGAGACAUGUACUCGACCAAAGUUCUUGGGGGCGAGAGAACUCUCGUAUAACUUUAAGGACAUCACUUUUGCACAGUACACUGAUACUUGGAGAGAGAAUCGUAAAGUCUCGAUGGUGGAGCUUUUGAACUUCAAAAAGCUUCAAACUAUGAAGUCCUUAAGAGAGGAAGAGAUGGAGUUCAUGGUGAAGAAGAUAUCCAGUGCGGCUUUGGAACAAUCUCCCAUGGAUAUAAACAACCUUUCUAUGUGCCUCGUCUCCCACAUCUUAUGUAGAUCAGCGUUAGGACAGAACUUGCACACGAGCAAGCUUUUCGACGAGGACAGAGUCGUAAAGCUUGUUACAGAAGGCUCCCUAGCCACAGGUCAUUUUGGUUUCUCUGAUUUCUACCCUGGCAUAUUAGGAAACUUUGCAGAUUGGUUGUUCCAAAGAAAGAAAGGGAUACUAGCGAGAAUGUUUAAGGAGCUUGAUGAUUUUUACCAACAUGUGAUCGAUGAUCACUUGAAGUCACUCGAUGGACCAAAAGGUACAGAUCCUCCCGCCGAUAUCGUUGCCGGGAUGCUGGCUUUGGUUGGUAAAAACGGAACCAAUUUGGACCAAGUCAAAGGAGUACUCAUGAAUCUUUUUCUAGGAGGGAUAGAUACAGUGGCCAUAAUUAUAAUAUGGGCAAUGACAGAACUCAUUAGAAGCCCAAGAGUGAUGAAGAAAGCACAAGAUGAGAUUAGAGCUGCCCUCGGGGAGAACAGAGAGAAGCUCACAGAAGAAGACCUAGAGAAAGUUGAGUACUUGAAGCUCAUAGUGAAGGAAACAUUCAGAUUGCAUCCAUCAGUUCCAACUAUACCAAGAGAAACAAUGUCUCCAAUAACGAUCCAAGGCUAUGAUAUCCCUAACAACACGAGGAUCUACAUCGACGUAUGGGCGAUCGGACGAGACCCCAAGGUUUGGAAAAACCCUGAAGAGUUCAAUCCUGAGCGGUUCAUUGAUAGUGAUGUCCAUUUCAAGGGACAACACUAUGAGUUGUUACCCUUUGGUUCUGGUCGGAGACUCUGUCCCGCGGUUUCAAUGGCCAGCAAUACAAUAGAAUUUGGGCUCUUGAAUAUGCUCUACUUUUUUGACUGGAAGUUACCUGAUGGGGUGGUCGCAGAAAACAUCGAUAUGGGAGAUAUUGGAAACAUCUCCUUUUACAAGAAAGAACCACUCCUCCUUGUUCCCGUUAAACAUCAUUAACGAGAUCGUCACGAGCAUAGUUUCAAACAUUUGUCAUUUUGUUUGAAAGCUUUAAAUUAAAGUACAUGCUCCGUUGAAGAUAUUGUUUGCUGUAUCUUUAACGAUUUUAUCAAUAAUAAAAGUGUUUUUAUUUCUCUA